CGCCCCUCCACCCCCCCCAUUAUAUAUAGGGCGCGCUCCCGCGCGCGCCCCCUCAGUGCCGUCCGCGCCCCCGCGCCGAGAGGAGCCGCCGCGGCCGCGCUCCGCCGCCAUGGGGAGGAAAUCCAGCAAAGCCAAGGAGAAGAAGCAGAAGCGCCUGGAGGAGCGCGCGGCCAUGGCCGCCGUCUGCGCCAAGGUGGAAGCUGCCAACAAACUCCAAGAUCCCCUCGAAGCUUUCCCAGUGUUCAAGAAGUACGACCGCAACGGGUUGAACGUUGCCAUCGAGUGCAAACGCGUCUCCGGGCUGGAACCUGCCACCCUGGAGUGGGCCUUUGAGCUGACCAAGGCCAACAUGCAGACACUGUACGAGCAGAGCGAGUGGGGCUGGAAGGAGCGGGAGAAGCGGGAGGAGCUGCGGGACGAGCGCGCCUGGUACCUCAUCGCCCGCGAGGCCGGGGCCGGCCCCGUCGCCUUCUCCCACUUCCGCUUCGACGUCGAGUGCGGCGACGAGGUCCUUUACUGCUACGAGGUGCAGCUCGAGAACCGCGUCCGGCGGCGAGGCUUGGGCAAGUUCCUCCUCCAGAUCCUCCAGUUGGUGGCCAACAGCACCCAGAUGAAGAAGGUGAUGCUGACGGUCUUCAAGCACAACCACGGCGCCUACCAGUUCUUCCGUGAAGCGUUGCAUGCGCUCACAACGUGCCGGGGCCGGGCGACGCGGGCAGGCGGGGCAGGGGCAGCCCAGAGAGGUUCGAGGUUGAUGCCGCCUCUCCCGGUGCCUCCGGCUGCUGCGGGGACGAUUCCUCCUACGAGAUCCUCAGUCGCUGCACCAAGUACGGGGAGAGCCACCCCCCCCCCGGGCUGGGGACGGGGCCCUGCGGCGGCUGCUGCCACUGAGCACCCCCAAACCCCACAGUUUCACCCCAAACCCACCGCCUCACCUCAAGGGAACCCACCCGGACGGACCCGCUGCAGCCGCGCACCCAAUGGGUGCUGCCGCCCCCCCCCGAAACCCCCGUGGGGGCUCCUUCGGGGGGGGGUAGGUUUGGGGAUGGAAAGGGGGCUUUGUCUAUUUGGGUUGGUUUUGGGCCCUCGCGGGAGUCGAGGCCCCUCCCCCCCACACCCCCCGGGGCGUUUUUUGUUGGUUUUUUCGGUUUUGUUUGUAUGUAACGAAUAAAAACGUUAAAAACCUUCAA